UAAAAUAAUUAAAAUGCUUCACACAGGGAGGUUUAUGUUCAGUUAUAAACGUAGAUUGAGACAGCCAAUUGGCCGUGAAUUAAUCUUAUCUAAACUGUUUCUGUACACGCUGCCUGGACGCCGCCUCUCUUGACAUUCAAUUCCCGGUCUCGCCUAAUCGAUGUUCGUCAUGUCUGUCGCCGCCGAUUUCAUUGCAGCGGCAAGGAGUGCAGAGUCUGCCGAAACCCAACCCAAGAGGGCACUUUGCUGUUGUGAAUACAUUGCUCAAGCCAACAACCAAAAGUCCCAUCUACUGGGAUGCUGUUGUAAUUGCGAGGACUUAGACUUGGUAUGCACUCGACUCGUGACGUGCAGGCGCAUUGAUCGACGCAAUAUUGACGGCAUGCUGAUUGCGUUCCAAGACCGCCUGCGCCUCCCAUGGCGGGGUGGGGCCAAGCGUAUAUCGCCGGCCGCUAUUGCACCAGCCUUCAUAAUCCCACUUAUGCUGGGCCUGGCCACUCUCAACUCGAAGACUGCUAUUGUGCUCAUGCUGACCAUGGUGGGCUUCUCCAUUUGGGGUCUUCAGCUGGCCAAGAAGACGGCCACACGGACAAAUUUCUUUCUCAGCUGGACGGUGUUCUCCGUCUUCUACAUGAUUGUCAUAUUCGAGUGUCAGGUGCCGCUGCUGGAGCUUGUGCCGGAGGAGAACUACUUCCUAAUGUUCUUCACCUGUGCGGGCAUCUAUUGCUUAUAUCGCACACACCGCCUGGCUCCACUCAAUCUGGUUUCGGCACAGUAUGGCACCACACCCAAGGACGAGCUGCCCGGCAUCGCUGAAGCCUCGAGUGGCGAAGAGCAGGCAGAGGCGCAAACUACACUGCAGAUGGACAGCGUGCUGGACCUCAACGAUGAGGAGGUCGUGGACAUAGACACAGCAGAGCGUGCGGGUCUCAUGCAUGGCCAGCCGAACAUCUGUGAGAGCUGUCGCAAGGUGACACCCAGACGGGCCUACCAUUGCCAGGUGUGUGGCACGUGUGUCAAGCGGCGUUCCCAUCACAGUUACUGGCUCAAUUGCUGCAUUGGCGAGCGUAACCAUUCGUGGUAUAUAGCAGGGCUGUUCACAUCUCUGAUUGCAUUGAUUUUGGGAGCUAAUUUAACUCUAACUUCGAUCUGUCAUCCGUUUCUGGUGUUGCGCCCGUUCGGAUAUGCCCUGCUGCUGCCCGACGAUUGCAGCGAAGUCUUUGAGAGUUUCGAAUUGGGCAUUUCCUUUGUGGUGGCCUGCUAUAGUUUACUCAUUGCCAACUAUAUAACCUUUCUGCUGGCACGUCAGGCAUUCUUGUGGUGGAAUGAUACCACUCUUCACGAAUAUAAACGUGCGGCUAAUGCGGCAUCCAAUCGCAGUCGCAUUUGGAGCAACUGGCGUGCCAUAUUAAAGUGAUUUACCAAUUAACAAAUCAACACAGCACAAAACUAAACGCCCAAUCAAGGUUCAUUUACUUACUAGGUGACGUCUUCACCACAGGGUGAAGAUAGAGCUAUUGGUCCCCUCUGGUAUAGAUAUCACCUUGUAAGCAAAUUUCCCUUGCUUAUAGUAUUCCCCACACACACACUCUCUCCCUCUCUCUCUCAAUGUUUUUGGUAGUGUUAGUGUCGUAGCGCUUUUAAGGUACUUAAAUGCAAUAUCCAAAACUAUUCAAAAUAAAUAUAAUUAAGAAA